AUGUGGUGGCUGGGCCUCCUGGCGAUCGCUACCGGCGAUCUUUACAAACUGCCGUCCGAGCAGCCGACGAUCCUGGAGCAUUGCUUCUACCAAGACUGGCGCUACGUGCCGGCCUUGGGCGUGCCCUCCCAGGAGCUGAGUUUGCGCAGCUGCCAGCGCAGGUGUCGGAACGAGGCCGGCUGCCGGUUCAUCAGCUACUGGGGAUCUGGCCAUUGUGUCCUCUCUGGCGAGGAUGCCUAUGCCAUCAAGGAGCUCUACGCCACCGCGGGCCCUCGGAACUGCAGCCAGGUGCUGGCGAGCUGCCGCGAGAGGCCAGGCCCGAGUUUCCCCGGCGCCACGCGCAUCGAGUCGGCGGAGGCAUGGCCCUCCGGGCGUGUGCCCUUCCCGCUGGAGUGCUGGCCACACACUGCCGGGGUGCUGAAAGGCUGUGGCACAGCGCAGGUACUGCAAACUCUGGACCAUGGGCUAGCAGCCAACUGCCGCAACCUGGAAGAGGUCUCGGUGCCCCUCUACCAGACCUGCACCUCGCUGUGCGCCAAGACGCCUCUCUGCUCCAUCGCCGUGGAGAAGGAGAAGGGCUGCUUCCUAGGCAAAAUGACGAGCGGCCUGGACUGCCACAAGGGCGAAGAUGGGAGGAUCCUGCGCGCCGCGCGGAUGUUGCAGGGCCAGGUGCGGGUGCUCAAAGACCUGCGGGGCCUGCAGGUGCAGGGCCUCAUCAAGGCCUUCGAUGAGAUGGAGCUGCAAGGUGAUCCGCGGACGGAGGGUGUGAGGGCCUGCAGACUGGCCUGCUACUCCAGCUUGCUGUGCACCAUUUGGCAGUACUACAUCGGCAAAGGCUGCUGGGUGGAGGAGCCAACCACGUGGAAAGUCCAGUUCCCCCUGACCAGUGCGAUUGCCCCGAAGGGCGAGCUCACCAUCGCGGGGGAGUACAUCCAGCACUUCUGUCCCGAUGUGAGCUGGACCCCUUCCAAGGAGUGGACGUUGGUUGCCAGCGGCAUCAACUGCACCGGCGCUGCCAAGGACCUGAGCGGCAGCAAGGCCAUCACCGCGCUGGACUGCCAGCGCCGCGCCGCGGCGGACGAAGACUGCGGCACCCAACUCACCUCGAAUGACAUGGCCUGCUUUUGCGUGCUGAAGGGCCACGCCUGCGAGCGCCAACCCAGCGGCUUCGGCUUCGGACUCUACGAGCUCCAGACCUUGACGCCAGAGGCGACGGCGGCGGGCGGCAACUUGGUGCCCGGGGGCCAGCUGCCGCCGCGGGGCCACGUGCGCGUGCAGAUGCAGCUCAAGGGCGUGGAGUACGACCUGCUGAGCGGCCCGCAGCUCCGGGAGCUGGAUGCGGAGCUGGCGCAGGAUGUGGCGCAGGCCACAGGCCUCAGCACUGACGACCUCUGGGACGAGGCGGGUGUGCCUGGGCACGUCUCCCUGGACGCUGCCGAUGGCCUGGGGGUGUUCUUCAACCUGGAGAUCCCUCGACACCACAGCCCCGAGAGCCUCACGCGGGUUUUCUGGAGCGAGUCGCUGCAGGAGAGUCUCCACAACACCGUCUACGAGGUUGCGCCCGAGAGUAUCACAGGCCCGGUGCGGGUCUCGGUGGCCUUCUCGGAGGCGCAGGCCCCGAAGCCGAGACGGGGCUCCAGCCUCUGGCUGGUGCUCCUCGGGUUCGCCCUGCUGCUGGCGCUGGUCUGCACCUGCCUCCUCAGCUACCGCUGGCUGGGUGGCAAAGGCGGCCGCGGGAGGUGCAGCACGCUGGACUGGGAGCUGCAGAGCUGCCACGACGGCAUCUUCGACUCGGACUCCGAGCCGGAGCGCUCCCCAGCGUCCCCCGCGCGUGUCAAGCUAUCCUUCAAGCGAUGA